AUGCGCCGCUCCCUGGUCGCCGCGGCGGCCUCACCCGCCCUGCACGUCUACCGCGGGCUCCUCCGCCAGGCCUCGUACCUGCCCCCCGUAUGCCAGCCGUUCGUCAGACAGCAGAUCGUGAACCGCUUCCGCCGACAUGCUCGCGACCCGCCCGCCUGCCCGCAGACAAGACGCCGCCUCCGCCAGGCCCGCCACGACCUGCGCUUCCUGAGCGCCGCCAACAACGGCCUGGUGCACAACCUGCACCGCGUCCUGCUGCUCGUCUUCGGCAGGACCGGCAGCAGGAGGAGGCUGCUCGUCCGCUCCCUCCUGCGCCAGGACCCGCCCGCCGACCCUGCCCAGCUCGAGGCCGCCGUCGCCGCCGACAGCCAGGCCCGGACCUACCGCGCAAAGGACGGCUCGCCCGCCCAGCGGCCACGCGACUGGCUGGACGCCUGGGACACCCGCAAGCUGCGCGCCCUCGCCGACUCCCAGGCCAGGCGCAGCCCGCCACAGAGCCCCCGCCCCGACAUCAGGGCCAGCCAGACAGACCCGGCCGCCAGGCUGCCCCGCACCAACAUCUGGGAGAGGCCGCUCCCCGCCGCCCUGGCCCGGAGCAAGCUGCGCAAGGAGUACGUGCGCCUGGUCAACCGCAUCCUGCCCCCGCUGCCCGCCGCCGACUGGGACACCCUGCGCGCCCUCGCCCUGGGCCGCCCCGACAGCAGUGCCCUCUGCCAGAUGCCGCAGCGACGCCCGCCCGCCGUCCCCCUACGAGGCAGCCACGGCGUGAACACACGGUGGUGCUGGCACGCCCACGCCACCGAGCCCGUGCGCGCCGCCGAGCGGGCCAGCUCCAGGUCGCAGCGGGGCCGCACCGGCCGCCCCGUGCCGGGCCCGCACGGGCAGGGCGCCCCCAUCGGCAUGCACACCUACACACCCAGGACACUGCGCCGCCUGUUCGCCAGGGUGUGGGAGCUGACCCCCACCAUGGAGGCGAGGCCCGGCGCCGAGGACAGGUGGGACAUCACCUGGGGCAAGGUGCCCAAGGACGUGCCUGUCGCGGCGGCCGGUCACGCCACCUUGUUCGACGGGGCCCCUGCGGCCACCAGGGCCAAGAAGGGCAAGGACAAGAGCAAGAGCAAGGGCAAAAACAGGUGA